AUAACAGCUCCAGCUCUUAAAGUCUCUCCCCCACUCUCUCUCCCUCUGUCCGUCUCGAUCUCGAUCUCUUUCUAUCCAAACCCUAAUCAUAAAUCACUAGAAGAGAAGGGAAUAAGAGGAGGGACGGAUCGGAUCGCCUUCCGAUCCGGCGACCGGGGCUCCAGAUCCGGCCAUCGGAUCUCGAAUUCGGAGUCUCCGGACUUCGCGGGAGGCGGCGCCGCUGGCCCCGGCCGGGAACCGUAAGUAUACUCCGAUCUCGAAAAAAAUCUGAUAUUUUUUUACUCGUUUUGCUGCAGUUUCUAUCCGCGAUCUGUGUGUGUUUCGGGUUUUUUUUUUGGUGAUUUUGGUGUUCUUUCGUCUGGGUCUGAGCAAUGACGGCGGAUGCGAAGGAGUGUAAUGGUGGAUGCGAGGGGCAGAAGGUGGAAUUCCAGGGGAAGGUGGGGUUGGGAGCGGUCUUGGAGGGAGAUCGGAAGCGGAAAGAAGAUUAUAACGGCAUUGCGUGCCGGGAGGGGGAGGAGAGCGGAGGAAGUGGGAGCGAGGGUUCGGAUGAUCCGGCCGAGAGGGAUCUCGAUCCGGGGGAGAAAGUGUUUCCCGUGGACGCCGAGGAGAGCGGUGGCCCGCCGGCGAAUGUGGGUUCCUUGUUGGAGGAUGUGGCCUUCGGAGAUCGGGAAGCGAGUGGAGAGAAGGGAGGUGAUCGCAAGGAGGGUGUUGAUUCUGUUGUGAAUUCUGAGAACGGGGUGGAAGAUCGGAAAGAUGAGACGGCGGUGAGUGAUUCGGCUGAGGAGGAAACGAUGGAAUCCAAGACAAAUACUGUGGCGGUGGCGGAGGCGGAGGAGAGCAAGGGGAAGGAAAUUAUGUGCCGGGGUGUCUUGGAGGACAAUAAUGGUGUGGCCAACAAUGAAUUGGAAUUAGAAGAACGGAAGGAGGAGAUUGUCGCUAUAGAGACCGAGCUCCGGGUAGAACCAGAAUAUCUUGCUGAAGUACAAGAGAAGUCGGAGACCACAAUGACUGAGACUGAUGACCAAAUUAGAACAGAAUUUACUGUUAAAGUUGAGGAAGGGCAAGAGCCUGAGACAGUGGUUACAGAGACUGACCAUCAAGGUAAAUUGGACGUGGGUGCAGAGACCAAAGACCAACUGGAAUCAGGAUCACUUGAAGUAGAAGAAAAGCUGGAGUACAUGGCUGCCAGUAUAGAGACUGACCACCAAGCAGAAUCGAAGUCAGAGGCGGAGAAUGUGGUUGCAGAGAGCAAGCACCAAUUGAAAUUAACAUCAUCUGUUGAAGUGCACAAGCAGGAUGCUUUGACUGCCAACAGAAGCACUCAUGAUCAAGUGGAAGCCAAAUUAUCUGUUGUGGUGGAGACACAGGAGCCCCAGAUUGUGUUGAGGGAGAGGAAUGACCAAGAGCAAUCAGAAGUACUUGUUCGGAAGGAAGACAAACAGGAGCCCAUGACUCUGGUUUCAGAGACAAAGGACCAAGCAGAAUUACAAUCUGCCGAAGUAGAGUUGAAAGAGGUGACUGAGGUUGCCGGUGACCAAGAUGAACCAGAAGCAGUAGUGAGAGUAGGAGAAGAACAGAAACCUGAGAGUGUGGUCACAGAGACUCCGGCAUCCGAAUCUCUUCCUCUUGAGCAUGAGAAGGCGAGGCUGUCAAAUGAGGCUGAAGAAGGUCCACCUGAUGAAUGCUCAGCUGAAAAUGCAGCGUCUUCUGAACCCCAAUGCGAAACCAGCUUCCAAAAAGCAGAUAGCAGUGAAUCUGCUGAGAGUCAUGAAGCCAGCAUUACCUCUCGCCUUGAUGGCAUGGUGAAGGAAGCUGAAUCAAGUGGCGACCAGGAAUUUCUGAAAGAAGUCAAAGUCAGCACUAAAUCUGCUGAGAAUGGUGAAACCAGCCCCACAGAAACUGAAACAGACAUUCACAGUGCAGAUGGGCCUGGACCAUCUGGUCCUGUUGGUGGUGCAGAUGUAGAAUCAGAAAUAAUAAAUGCUUCUAUUAAUAGUGUGGUCGAGGUUGAAAAUGUUCUGGUUCAAAGUAAAGAAAGCAUGGCCGUUUGUUCAAAUAAUUAUACAGGGUUAGAUAGUAAAGUUUGCAAUGAAGUGGAAAUUGAGAAUCAUGCUGUUGCAAUGGAAUCAGACUCCAGGAUUAGAAAUGACUCUGCAGAAAGUGGUGAAUAUUUGGCCAGCUCUGUUGAAGGUGACCAAGCUACAAGGAAGGAUGAUGAUGAAGAACCUAUUAGCGAGGAAGUUGAAGCAGUCAAAGUGAUCCAGGCCCCACCAGAGGAUCCUAGUGGCUCAGCUCUUGAUGGGGAGAGGGUGGAUAUACAGGGGGUGAAAAGGCAGCCAUGUUACAUAAUUAGAGUCCCUAGAUUCACUAAUGAUGAGCUAUGGGCGCAAAUACAGCAUGCUAAAUUGGAACUAGAAGAGAAGACGCGAAGCAGGGAUUCUACUAGAGUUUCAGUUCAAAAGAAAAAGGCAACUUGUAAUGACUUCCGGGAAAAGUUAGAAACUGCAAAGGGAAAAGAGAAAGCUGUAAGGGCUGCAUAUAAUGCUAAGCGACAAGAAAUAGAAUCUGUCCAGUCAAUGCUUAACAAGAUAAAGAAUGCAACCUCAAUUGAAGAAAUUGAUAAUAAGAUAGAAGCAAUGGACCGUGAAUUUCAGCAUUCGACGAUGGGUUUGAAAGAAGAAAAACAACAUCUGCUUAAUAUUAAGCAACUGAGACAACGUCGUGAACAGUUAUCUUCCAACAUGGGCCCAAAAUCAGAGAUUGAUAUGGCAUUUGACCAAAGAGACCAGAUUGAAGAGCGCUUCAAGACUUUGAAGAAGGAACUGGAUUCCCUUAAAGCUGAUUUAUCAGAAGCUGAAAUAAAGGGAAAAGAGGCAUGGAAAGACUAUGACGAUGAAGUCCGGCAUUUGAAGGAUCUACAAGAACAAUUUAGAACAGCUGAUGAGAUUCGUCAAAAAGCAUAUGGACAUUGGAGGAACCUCAAAGAUGAGUCAUUUAAAAAGAGCAAAUAUUUUUACAUGUACAAGAGUGACCAGGAAGCUGCAGCAAAAUAUUUAUCUUCCGGGGACAGAAAGGGCCUUUGGUUGCAUUGCAGCAAACAGGUGGAAAAAAUUAUGGAGCUGUGGAACAACAAUGAUGAAUUCCGCAUGCAGUAUGUCAAAUCAAACAAGAACAGCACAUUGAGGAGAUUGAAGACAUUGGAUGGAAGAUCGCUUGGCCCAGAUGAGGAGCCACCUGCACCACGUGCUACUGUAGACAAAAGCUCAAGCUCUGUUUCAAACUCAUCCAAUGCUAACCCGCCUGUAACGGUUAUAGCUUCAGAAGCGAAACCAGAGAAGUUGGAUUUACUGUCUGCUCCUAAAGAAAAGGAGUCAUUUCCUCCCUUGCAAACAGCCCAAACAAUUCAGUCUUCUAAAUCCAAAAAAUCUACCAAGCCUACUUCAAAAGAAACCGUCAUGGCUCCAGUUUCUGACAGAGAAGAGGUAGAAGCUGCUCCAAAAGAGAAUAGUCGGACAAAAGAGGAAGAGGAACAGGCAAGGAAGAUGGAAGAGUUGGCUAGGAAGGAAGAGGAAUUGAGAAAGGAAAAGGCUGAAGCUGAGAUGAAGGAACAGUUGCGGUUGGAACAGAAGGCCAAAGCCAAGGAGGCUGAGGAAAGAAAGAGGCGGAAAGCUGAGAAGGCCCAAGCCCGUGCUGAAUGCCGAGCGCAGAAAGAAUUUGAGCUCAGAGAAAAGAAGAAAUUAAAGAAGGAGAAAAAGAAAGCAGCAGCAACAUCGAAUACAACAAAUGGAGGUGCCGGAGAUCAUGCUCCUACUCCUGCUACAGACAGUUGUCCGCCUGAAAAUGCUCGGGAACCAGACAACCAAUCAGCAACUGCUUCAAAAAGGCCCUCAAGGCCAUUGGUAGCUGCAAAGCAAUAUAAUAAGAUAUCACCUGUUCCCUUGCCCCUUCGUAACAGGGGUAAGAGAAAGAUGCGUACAUGGAUGUGGUUGGCUCUGGCUACUCUACCGGUACUGGCAUGGUUUUUCUCCAGAAACUACAGGGCUUUCAGUUUCAGCCUCUAACUAUCUGGCUUUCGAGCAUAUUUAUGUAUUUACACAUAUCUUUGUUAGUUACAGUCUAUAGAGUUUAGGAGACGUGUUACCAAUAGAUGAGUGGCAGCCAUUCUUUUUUGUGCACUAUUCAUUAAGCCUUUUUCAUUUGGAUUGUUUUUAUUUCUAUAGUUUGCUCUUUUUCAUUUGCAAUUGAGAUUCAGGAGGACGUUGAUAGCUGUCAUUGUUUGAUUUGGACAGAUGCUUAAUUUAUAUGUUGCUUAAGUCCAUAAUAACAGCAGUGAUAUAGUUUCAGAUA